GUGAAUCCGGAGCUACUUACAAGGAAUAUCACACUUCUCCCUACUUGGCCGUGAACAAUCUCGUAGAUGAUAAAGGGAUUAAACCGCUAGAUGUAUGCUUUCCAGACAGGACCCACACGCAAUUACAAAAACUCCAAUACAACCAACUCACUCACUUCCUCCAAACGGGACAAUACCCUCGAAAAG